UCCCGUUACGCACCUUCCUCAGAAUAUAUAUUUUUCGCAGACGCUAAUGAUUGUGUUUGCUAACACGAGAAACGACUGAGGUCUUAAAAUGGGGGCGUUUUAUUGUGCCGUAUGCCAACAGACGGAUUUCUCAGGAAAAGGUCACAUCUACGGGAAAAGCCAUCAGAGUAGACUGAAAGUGGUUUUGGUGAAAUUCCUGGACAAGGUUAGAGAAGCGCGGCGAACCCUGAAAUGUCCACAGGUGGAGAAAUUCGACGCUUCGCAGCAUGAAGCUAAGUUUUGGUGUUACUGCUGCGAAGUGGAGGUGCAGAAACACGUGACUGACGGCAGAGUCGCUGUGCUUCACGGAGGACUGCUGGAGCACAUGAGCACUCAAGAGCACCGCAAAAAAACGAACGCCUUCUGGUGGAGAAACAAAGCAGACCCUAAACACAAAGAGAAGUUCAUCAUCACCGAGCAGGAGACUGACAGAUUCAAGGAGGAAGUUGCCAAAGCACUCGGACAGUACGAAGAGAAAGAGGACACGCUUAUUAAAGAACAAGCUGCUUUAAUCCGGUCGCAGGAACAACACAGGCUGGAGGUUCUUCAGGCUCUAAUAGAGCCUGGUCCCGAGCUGCAGCAGUCUGCUGAACCGGAGCAGCGGAACAUCCAGCAGACGACCUGCACGGGUUCAGAGCAGACGGGACGUUCUCACGGUGAACUGAACAAGCAGGCAGGCCCAAGCCGUAACGAUCCCUUCAUGCAGAGUCAGUGGGACGAGUCGGGACAAGGCCUCACGUUCAUUGGCGAUCAGGACUGCUAUGACGGUGGAAACGUUCACACGGGGGCGGUGCCUCCAUGGCUGCUGGAGGAUCCCGAAGACGAGAGUGCGGGUAACUCGCAGGACAUCGGUCCAUCUCUGCAGGAUUUUCUUAAGCACAAAGAGCAGCAGAAGCUCAAGAAGCUCCCAGCCAACCGCGUGGGCGCCAACUUCGACCACGGCUCACACACCGACGCCGACUGGCUUCCGUCUUUCGGCCGGGUGUGGAACAGCGGCAGACGCUGGCAGUCCAGGCAUCAGUUCAGGCAGGAGGAGGCUAAAAGUGGGCAGAAGAGAAGGAGGGAGCGUGGAGGAAAGGCAGCCAAGAAGCAGAAACAUCUCACUAAUGGAGACGUCUGAUUGAUUACACCAAGUAUUCAUAUGAACACUGCAGCCUGGUCAGGAGCAGCACGAAACUAAACUCAAGUGGUUUUUAAAUCCAUCGCAAGUCUGCAGGACUUGUUAACAAUGCAUGUUUGAAUUAUUAUUUUUUUUUUUUCCAUGUAGAAAUAUUCCUGCAACACAUUAACACAGUUUGUAACUGCCACUGCCUUUCUCACAUUGAGAAACAUCGCUCUAAAUGACUGUGUGAUAGGAUUGUAAUUAUACCACAACGCCGUCGGGUUCUCGAAUUCGAUUACGUUAUCGCUUCUAUAGUAACAGCACGGACGCUCCACAAACAGAUUCACGCCGUGUUAUUCAACAAUAGGAAAAAAAUGCACCGUCGUUGAUUUGGUGGCGUUUUCGUUCACGUUUCUGGAAGGAGUCUCCAGUGUCAGCAUGUCGUAACAAGAAUUAAAAGUUGCUCGUUCAAGUUUUCACCACGGUAAAGUCUUCAGGAUGGGAAGGCUUUACUUUUUCCGCUUUCUCCGUAACAUGACAAAAAAAAAAAAAAGAAAGGCUGGUGAGGGAACUACUGUUUAUAGCUGCUAUAAUAUAAGUGAUGGAUGUUCCACAAUAUUAAAUGUAUAACUAUAACCAGAUAAAUAAAUCAACAUUCUUUAUUCAAUAAAAAUUCUAAUUAUUUGUAAAUAAAUUAGAAUUUUUAUUAAUUAAAGAAAAAAAAACUACUUUUGUCAUUAAGUAUUUUCAUUCUUUUUUUUUUUUUGUAAUUUUAAAGCAGCUACUGGGAUAAAAAAUCAAAUUCACCAUUCGUGUUUCCAGUUUAUUGAAUAAAUCUGCAGCAUAGUGAAGUGGUUCUGAUACGGUCAUAUCGGUAAUAAACCCAGAAACUCUCACCGCUUUCUUCCACAGUGGUUGGCGGAGAAGGAAAAAAAAAAAAACACGGAGACAAGUGUGCAAGAAUUCUUUCCAUUUUGAACAGUUCAGUCUUAUUUUUACGCAAUAAAAAUCUAUUCGAGCUACUCGCAUCUUUUUCCACAGAAGGCUAAAAGAUCAGUAAUAGUGCUCAAUAAUAAUAUAAUAAAAUAUAAUACCUCAAACAUUAGCCAAAAUAAAAAGUACAGAUUACAUUAAUAUUUAAGGAUACCUUGCAGUCAUUUAUUAAAUUUUUUUUCCUUUUUUUUUUUUUUUAGUAGGUUCUGUUAAAAUAAUACACGACUCAUAUAUAAUGUAGAAAGCAGAAAGGAAAAAAAAAAGGAAUUAGGUCUCUGUAAGAGAUGCAGUGUUGGUCAUAUUUGUACAAUUUUACACUUAUAGACCUUUAGCGGUCUUUUUUUUUUUUAUAACAAGUCCUUGCAUUAACUUUCAUCAUAAAUUUUUUUUUUUUUUUUUUUAAAUCUUCAUUUAACUUCAUUCCCACAUCCCGGAUAAAAGGAAAAAUCCAUGCUAUAAACCAUUCAGUAAGACUUCUGAUCGAGUUUGGCUUGUAUAUAGAAGAAUAUAGUGCCUCGUGGUGAUAAAGUUCUGCUUUCUCUUGGUCACUUCUUGACAGGACCAUAGAGAUUUUCAGUAGCGUCAGACAGAAAGGGGGGAGGAGCUUAUCGUUAUGAGACAGAGGCUUCAGGUUGGUUGUGAGGAUAUGGGAUACGGGUCCUUUCAGGCGACUCGCUUUCGCCCUUCGUGCAUUAACAGCAGUAAGAGCGAUUCCUCUUCCGGCGUUCCUCUUCGCAUCAACGUUCGAUUGAAAGGAUUCAGCAUUCUACCCUUGAAACC